CUUCUGUCCUUCUCGUCAGCGUGAGGACUGGCCAUGACGCAGCAGGAGCAGCAGGAGUUCACCGAGAGCCUGGAAGCGGCGCUCUCCUGGAUGAGGGCCAUCCAGAAGAGGCUGAAGGCCAAUGACAACACCCAAGGGCCCCUGGAGGCCCUGCAGGGCCGACUCAGGGAGACGGAGAAGAUCCAUCAAUCGGAGCAUGAGGGUCGUGUGAAGAUGGACAUGGCGCUGGCGGCAGCUGACAACCUUUUGCAAAACGGAGACGAUGAACUGAGGAACCACACCCACACCAAGCUCAAAGACCUGAAGAACCUGUGGGAGGAGACCACCACCUACAUCAUCCACUGUCACAGUCGCAUAGAGUGGGUGUGGCUCCACUGGAGCGAGUACCUGAAGGCCCACGAGGAGUUUGAGCUGUGGCUGACGAGCCGGCAGCGCAGCCUCGAUGUUGUGGUGGAGCUGCAGCUGGGGGCGAAGGAGAAGCUCUGGCAGGUGGACCAGCAGAGGGUGGUGGUGAGCGACAUCCACGGCCAGGCGGCACUGCUGGAGAGGCUGCUGGACGAGGCCGCCGCGCUGCACAACAGGACCCAGGACCCCAGUGUGGAGCCCCAGGCCCAGGAGCGGCCGGAAGCCUACAGCGAUGUCAGAGACAGAGCUGAGGAGCGUCUGUCGCUGCUUCAGAGGACGGCGGAGGAGCACCAGACGUACCAAGGCUGCGUUCAGAGGUUCCAGUCGUGGCUGCUGUCGAAAACCACAGAGCUCACUGACCUCGUGGAGAGGGAGGAUUCAGCCGAGAACAAGCUCAAAGCCUUACAAGCUCUGGACGACAGCAUAGCCGGCGAGGAAAAGACCCUGCAGCACAUCGAGGCAGUGGCGGAGGCGGUGAGGGGCAACACCUCUCCCUCCGGAGCGGAGGUGGUGAUGGAGGAGGCGGAGGAGCUGCGGCUGCGCUGGCAGAGGCUGAGGCAGGGCCUGUUUGAGUGCGAGGAGGGCCUGCGCUCCAGCCUGGACUCCCACAGUCAGUACGUGGCCAGGUGCCAGCGGCUGGGGGACGACAUCGGCCAGCUCAGGGUGCUGCUGCAGGGGCUGGACCUGGAACUGGAGGAGGGCCGCGAGGGGAGGGGCCACACUGACCGGACCGAGGAGCAGAUGGUGGGCCAGUGGAAAAAAUACACCGAUGUGAGGAACACUCUGACAGGGGAGGAGUCCCAAGUGGAACUACUCAAGGCCCAGCUCAAGGAGCUCUUCAGGUUCUCAGAGGACUCGCGUCACCUUUCUGAUGACGUCCUGGCUGUUGUUAAAGAACAUCAGAGUGUGAAAUGCAGAGCGACGAGGCUGUGUUCAGAGUCUGAGUCGGGGCUGAGGAGCGUUCUCCAGGACCCGCUGGUGGCCUACAGAGACUGGGCCCACAUGGUCUCUCAGCUUCUGGAGGCCUCCGCUGAGGUCACGGACUUCUCCCACAUCGACAUGCUGGUGCAGAGCAUUGAGCGUCUGCUGAAGGGCAGCGCCCAGCUGCAGGAGCGCCUCAGCCUGCUGCAGGUGAAGGGCCACCUGCUGGACUCGGUGUUCGGCCCCGAGGGGUCCGACAGCCUGCAGGGAGAGCUGGGGGCCGCCGUGAGGAACAGAGAGCUGCUGCACGCUCAGCUGCUGCAGAGCAAGAGCAGGCUGCAGGGCUCAGUCUCCAGGAGCAAGGACUUUGGCGACGCCCAUGAGUUGAUUUGCUGCAGGCUGGCCGCUCUCCAGGACCAGCUGGGGGCCGCCGACGGCCUGCAGCCUGAUAUCCUGGCCAAGAAGAGCCAGUCAGACCAGUUCAGGGUGAUCCUGAAGGACCUGGAGGACUGCGAGGCCCCCGUCACAGCGCUGGAGACUCUGGUCUCGUCCAGUCAGAGCAACAAGGCUCAGUACGAGAGGCUCCAUGCCGAGUGGAAACACCUGCACAAGGCCGCCAGGGUGAAGGUGCACGACAGCGAGGAGAGCAUCUCAGCCCACGAGAGCUUCCACGACAGCUUGCUGAACCUGGAGAAGUGGCUGAUGAUCAUGAGGCAGAGGCUGGAGUCCUUCCACAGCCCCCCAGCAGAGUGGAGCGUGGAGGGCCGCCAGCACGAAGCUGAGAGAGCACUUGGAGAGUUCCCUGAGAAGGAGCUCCAGCUGCAGCAGAUGGAGGUCCAGGGUCAGGCCGUUUUGGAGAGGACUUCAGAGGAGGGACGGGUCCACAUUCUGCGAGACAUUCGGCGCCUCCAAGAGUCCUGGUUCGCUCUGUACGAUACCAGUCUCAAUCUCCACAGGCUGCUGGACCGCUCCACAGAGCAGACGCACCGACACGCCGCGGCGGGGGGAAGAAGCCCGGAGGGAGAGGGGGCAGCGACCGGGCGGCGUGGUGGAGCGCAGGGCCGCGGUGAGGGUCAUCUCUGCCUGGAUGAACGCGUGGACGGCCGGCCCUCCUUCACAGGAGACCAAGUGGACUCUUCCGCCUGGAGAGUUGGCAGCAGAGCAGGCCAGAGAGGCUCAGCUGGAAGCCCUGGCAGAGAGGCAACGCCGCUAACCCCGGAGGCAGCGGAAGGCCGGAGCCCGGGAGGAGGAGCCUUCAUGCUGUACAGAAGGGAGCCGACUCGGCACCAACCGGGGGGCACGGCAGAGUACCAGUCCAGGAGGAGGGAGUUCGAGGCCUGGCUGUCACAAGAGAAUAAACUGCUCUCAGGGAUCUGCAGCAGCCGGGGAAAAGCUCUCAGUACCAAAGAAGUCAGGAGCCAGCAGGACACGCUCACCGCUCUGAGGGCCGCAGUGGGCCGGGGCCACGAGCAGUUCCAGCUGUUGCUCCAGGAGAGUCCGGCCAGCGAUGCCGGACAAGCAGAAGAUGUGCGCCUGGAGGAGCUCCGCUACCGCUGGAUGCUCUACAAGUCCAAACUGAAGGACGUGGGGGACCUCAGGUCCAGGGCCAAGAGAAUCCAAGCCGGACCGGAGGAGCCGGCCUCCACAGCUAAAGUGCAAAAGAAGGCCGGCCUGUGUCGGCGCGUCUGUCGCCUGGCUCUUCUUCUGUGGCUCCUGCUCCUGGCGCUGCUGCUGCUGGCCCUCCUGCUGCCCCUCAUGGACGGAGGCCACAGCUGCUCCCUCUCCAACAACUUUGCGCGCUCCUUCAACAUCAUGCUCCGUUACGAAGGCCCGCCCCCCACAUAGGACGGGCUUCUGUAGGAAACGCCUCAGAUCACCAUGCGCAGCCCAGUGAGACACAGCCAGGAGCUCCAGUAGCUUCAUCUCAUUUUAGAACCAAGCCAACAAGCGAUUUGCUCUCACCAGACAACCCAACCAUGCUUCUCUACAGUGUAAAAAAAUCAUUAUGACAAAAAUAAGUAUGAUUGCAAUUCAUGGGACAAAAUGUUUUGUCACAGUUUUAAAAAUGACCGUCAGCGUUUAAAGCCCCAAACAGCGCCUUGUAUUCCAGGACCACCAGCACCGACCUGGGGCGUCUUUCCUGCAGCGUCCACAAGAGGAGGGAAAACACGCUUUAAUAGUUCAAGUUUCUAGGCUCUUCCUCCUCAUGGACGCAACAGCUGCUCCUUCUCCAACAACUCCGCCCACUCCUCCACCCCGUGCUCCAUCACAGAGAAUCAGCACGAGUGCUACAGGGCUGCAGGUCGUCGUCUCUUGUUGUGACAGUCAGCUGUUGUCAUGUAGCAGUGCUGUACAGCCAGUAUGCUACAGCACCUUUAUAUUUUAAAUGCUUGUGCCCAAUGAAUCAGCCGGCCUGUUUUCUUUUUCAAAUGAAGCUGAAAGUAGAAAUCUUAAAUCAAACACAAACAUGGUGCCAAGAUGAACAGCAGGACUUCCUGUGGAGCAGGAGGUCUCUAUCUCUCUCCUCAUUGAUUUAAACCACAUAAACAGACAAAUGGCAAAGUGAGAGAGAGGAAGGGAUCAGUUGACAUGAAGAGCCUGCUGGCAGAACGGGACCUUUACUCUGAAGCCACCUGACCGAUGAAGGUGUGUGUGGGGGGCAGCAGCCCUCCUCUCGUCACACAUUUCCUCAUGGAAUCCACAUCCAAUGCUCCGGGUUCUAACAUUGUAAUUAGAAGGAGGUCUUUGUGUCGUGUGUGAGCUCAAGAGCUCGUCUCAGGGUACCGGGGGGGUCCGUGCCCCCAUCACAUGACACAUGAGUCACAUGACAACUUCUCUCAUGGUCUCAUGGUGUGACGCGUGUGUCCCAGCUGUAAACUCUCACUCCUUCCACCCCCAGACACCGUCACUCCGUGUGUCGAUGCUAUUGAUCUAUCGGGUUGCCGUGGCAACAGUGACCUAAUGGAGCGAAUCCCCUGUCUGAUUCAAAGCGUGUUUCAGUUUGUGUCGCUUCACAAAGACGAUGAACUUCAGCCUCCUCAGAUUAGCUCCACCAUCUCCACCACGAUGCCACACCACCACUCCGUGAGGAGGCCGCAUGCUGCGUGGGGCCAUGUGACCGUGGCCUUAAAGCCUUUGUGUCGCUGCCAUAACCUCCUGUACUUCAGUGUGUGGCUUCCUGCAGCACUAUAGUCCACUACAGGACAGCUGACUGUUAUUGCACCACCCUGGAUGCAUCGGCUGGCUCCACCCUGCUUGGUGUCCAUUGUCCAAAGGACUUCUGCUCCUUUAAUUACAGCGUGUGUCUCUGGGUCCACUCGUUAUGCAAAAGGUGUCAGAUGGAGGCGUGAAAACCAAAGGCUUCUUCUUGUGAGAUGCCUCUUUUUUAUUAAUCUAAACAUGUUAUUCAGGAGCGUUGCUCGCUAUUAUCCAAUGUUUUUUAUUCUGCCGAAAUAAAGAAUUUGAAGAUUC